AUGGAUGUGGAAAUGGAGGCAAUGGAGCUUAACAAGACUUUUUCAGUUGUCUCUUUGCCACCGGGUAAGAAUGUUGUGGGUUGCAAAUGGGUUUAUACCAUCAAGUAUCACUCUGAUGGUUCAAUUGAAAGGUACAAAGCACGCCUAGUUGCGAAGGGUUAUACACAGCAAGAGGGUGUUGAUUAUAUUGAUACUUUCUCACCUGUUGCAAAGCUUGCUAGUGGAAAGCUUGUACUUGGUUUGGCUGCUAAGAAAGGGUGGAGCCUGACUCAAAUGGAUGUCACUAAUGCUUUCUUGCAUAGUGACUUGGAAGAGGAGAUAUACAUGAGUUUGCCCCAAGGAUACACGCCUGCUUCUGGUGUCUUGCCGCCAAAUCCGGUCUGUAAGCUUCAUAAGUCGCUUUAUGGACUUAAGCAAGCGUCAAGGCAAUGGUAUAAGUGUCUUUCUCAGGCUCUUCUUGAUGAGGGUUAUGAACAAUCUCCUGCAGAUAACACCUUGUUUGUCAAAGAAACUGAUGUCUCUUAUACUGCCAUAUUGGUUUAUGUUGAUGAUAUUUUGAUCGCCAGUAAUAGUGAUGAAGCUGUUCAUGCUAUUAAGGAUGCUCUUGCCCGGAAGUUUAAGACGAAGGAUCUUGGCCCGGCUCGUUUCUUCUUAGGCUUGGAGAUUGCACGCAAUGCGGAUGGUAUAUCUGUUUGUCAAAGGAAGUAUUGUCUUGACUUACUUGCUGAUACAGGUCUUCUUGGUUGCAAACCGAAGUCUACUCCUAUAGACUAUAAGAAGCCUUUGACUAAAGAUACAGGUUUACUUCUUCCGGAUGCGAAGCCUUACCGGGAAAUCAUUGGUCGCCUACUGUAUUUGUGCAUCACCAGACCUGACAUCACAUAUGCUGUGAAUCGAUUGAGUCAGUAUUUGUCUUGUCCGACUGAUGAACACUACAAGGCUGCUCUGCGUAUCCUGAAGUAUCUCAAGAAUAAUCCUGGUCAAGGUUUGUUCUUCUCUGCUCAUACGGAUAUAUGCCUUAAUGGUUUCUCUGAUGCUGAUUGGGGAACAUGCUUGGAGAGUAGGCGUUCUAUCACUGGUAUGUGUGUGUUUCUUGGUACUUCUCUUAUCUCUUGGAAGUCUAAGAAACAGGAUGUCGUUAGUGGUAGCAGUACUGAAGCAGAGUAUAGGAGUAUGGCGGUAACCACGAAAGAGCUUCUCUACAGAUGUUGA